AUGUUGCCUUAAUUAAAUAAAGUUUAGAAAAUGUAAGUAAGUUUGACCAAUUCAAAACCUUAAAAGAUCAUUUAUAAAGAUUUUAUUCUAAAUCAGUUACUGUUGAUUUAGUCUCAACUGAUUUAGUCUUUACAUCAAAUCUGUAAGUAGAGAACGAUUAUAACGCUAAAACAGAUAAUUAAGGAGAUAUAUACGUUUAUUAUUUAUUUCUUUGAAAAUAAUAAUAAUGUUUUCACUCUCCCUACCUCCUCCUCCUUUAACUACUGUGUGGUUUUGAGCCUUUCACUUUCAUUUUAACAUGUUUUUACAGUAAAAGAGAGACCAAACUAAACUAGCCUACUGUUGUGAUCAUCAUCUUCCUCCUACCUCUCUUUUAUGCAAGAUGGGUGAGUUUCGAAAAGCUUAUGUCUCCUCGUCUCCUCUACGCACACCGUCGCAAUCACCUAACUUCAGUCUUCUACGUCAAAACUACUUUCAUGGAGAUUUCUCUUUAAACUCGUCGUCGGAUUAUUCUCUGUCGAGUUCCUUCUCUAACGGGUUCUCUUCUUCCGAUGACAGUUCUUCUUCUCCCUUCGCUUCACCUCCGUUCAACGGGAUCAUCCCUAUCCACAACCACGCCACUUAUCAUCAUCAUGAGCCACUGCUUCAUAAAGAUCAUGAGAAGAGUGUUCAUGGUGAUGAUACGGGUCUAUGCGACGAUCUCUACAGCAUGAAAAUCACCGAGGAGACAGAAACUCACGGAGGCUUUUCAUGGUUGAACAACAAUCAAGAUUCCGACCAAAACAUAAACUACAACAAGAGAAACAUGUUUGGGAACCAAACUCAUGAUUCCAUAACCAACACUCGCCAGUUCGGUUGGCCUAGCUACUCAAACAGCAACGUUGGUAAUAACAGUCCUUACAUCAAUGGAGGAGGAGUUAGAGAACAUUCAGCUUACUACAGAACAAUGUCAACAUCAGACAUGUCGCCAUUGUUCUGCCAAGGCUCUGAACCAUUUAGCUUGGAUCAUCAGAGAACCAAAUCAUUCAUCUCUGACCAUGGAAACACUAGUCUUCCUAACGUGUGUGACGUUCAGGGAUAUGUGUACUUGAUGGCUAAAGACCAACACGGAUGUAGAUUCUUGCAGAGGAUAUUCGAUGAAGGAACACCUGUUGACGCCUUGGUUAUAUUCAAUGAGGUUAUUCCUCAUGUCGUUGAGCUUAUGAUGGAUCCUUUUGGGAAUUACUUGAUGCAGAAGCUUUUAGAUGUUUGUAAUGAAGAACAAAGGACGCAGAUUGUGCUUGUUGCUACUGCUGAGCCUGGUCAACUUAUCAGGAUAUCUCUCAACGCAUACGGUACUCGAGUUGUUCAGAGAUUAGUGGAAACGAUUAAGACAGGAAAACAAGUUUCUCUUGUGAAAUCGGCGCUGAGACCUGGCUUUCUUGAUUUGAUCAAGGAUUUAAAUGGCAACCAUGUGAUUCAACGUUGCUUGCAAUGCCUAAGCACUGAAGAUAACAAGUUUAUCUUUGACGCAGCGACAAAGUUCUGCACUGAAAUCGCAACACAUCGACAUGGAUGUUGUGUACUCCAAAAAUGCAUUGCUUAUUCAAUGAGACAACAACGAGAGAAGCUGAUUGGUGAAAUCUCUAGAAACAGUCUCCUACUUGCUCAAGACCCCUUUGGGAAUUACGCAGUACAAUUCGUUAUAGAGCUGAGGAUACCUUCCGCGGUAGCGAUGAUGUUGAGUCAGUUAAAAGGGCAUUACGUACAACUUUCCAUGCAGAAGUUUAGUAGCCACAUGGUGGAAAGAUGUCUCAUGCAUUGUCCCGAGAGUCGUCCACAGAUAGUGCGUGAGCUUGUCUCAGUUCCUCACUUUGAUCACCUUCUUCAAGACCCUUACGCUAAUUUCGUCAUCCAAGCCGCUCUUGCUGCCACUAAGGGUCCACUUCAUGCUUCACUGGUGGAAGUCAUAAGACCACAUGCGAUUCUGCGUAAUAAUCCUUAUUGCAAAAGGAUUUUCUCGAGGAAUCUAUUGAAGAAGUGAAAGGAUGUGUUGAGACUGUAAGUCUGUAAUUUCAAGACUCUGUUGUUGUUUUCUGGUCCCAAGGCUUCGUUUUUAUGAAUAAUCUCUCGUGAAUGUGUCCAGACGCGAAGAGCUCUAUGUUUUGUUUUUGUGUUCUUGUUUCUUGUUCUGUAUUUUUUGCUUUGUUGUUUCUUUUGUUUUGUUGUUGUUUUUGUCUAUGUUAAUUUCAUGUUGUAACAAA